AUGUACAACACCCUCCAGACACCCUCCAAACACCCUCCAAACACCCUCCAGACACCCUCCAGACACCCUCCAAACACCCUCCAGACACUCUCCAAACACCCUCCCGACACCCUCCCGACACCCUCCAGACACCCUCCAGACACCCUCCAGACACCCUCCCGACACCCUCCAGACACCCUCCAAACACCCUCCAGACACCCUCCAGACACCCUCCAGACACCCUCCAGACACCCUCUAGACACCCUCCAGACACCCUCCAGACACUCUCCAAACACUUUCCAAACACUUUCCAAACACCCUCCAAACACUCUCCAAACAACCUCCAGACACCCUCCAGACACCCUCCCGACACCCUCCCGACACCCUCCAAACACCCUCCAGACACCCUCCAGACACCCUCCAGACACCCUCCAAACACCCUCCAAACACCCUCCAGACACCCUCCAGACACCCUCCAGACACCCUCCAGACACCCUCCAGACACCCUCCAGACACCCUCCAGACACCCUCCAAACACUCUCCAAACACUUUCCAAACACCCUCCAAACACUCUCCAAACAACCUCCAGACACCCUCCAGACACCCUCCCGACACCCUCCCGACACCCUCCCGACACCCUCCCGACACCCUCCCGACACCCUCCAGACACCCUCCAGACACCCUCCCGACACCCUCCAGACACCCUCCCGACACCCUCCAGACACUCUCCAGACACCCUCCAGACACCCUCCAGACACCCUCCAAACACCCUCCAGACACCCUCCAGACACCCUCCAGACACCCUCCCAACACCCUCCAAACACCCUCCAAACACCCUCCAGACACCCUCCAUACACCAGAGCUCAGCUAAGUUUUCCUCUGUGGUCAGCCAGCCAGACACGCUUUCACUCACACACUGGUUUUGCUCUCACCUCACUCUCACCUGGUUUUGCUGCCUGUGAUCUUGGACCUGGGCCCGGCCUGGCUGGCCUGGCCCUGCCUGACAGGAUAUUACUGGAGGGGAAGUGUUAG